UUUAGCUCUGUCUGUUCUAGCUAGCCGGGUUGAACUAAAAGAGGUGCAUUUCACUGCAUUUCGCUCUGUCACUGAGACUGUUAGGCUGAUAUCAAAGAAACUUUGCUUUGUAUCUGUCAAAUGUCCUGUAGUUGGCUAAUUUUUGAGCUAAGAAGGUUAGCUCCCGGCGAAAUUAGCGCUUAACAGUGACUGGCUUUUUGAUAGCCUAGCGAGCUAUCUUCACGCUAGCUCGGUAACAUCCGAUCAACCGAUGCGGAUUAAUCGCCGGUAGCCUUAAGUGUCCGAGUAGUUCAUUCAAUCGGCUCAUUCUUUUAGUAUUGCCAACAUGGCGUGUAGUAUCGCCUCGAUAUCCAACACAAGGAGAUAGCUAAGCUCGGUUAGCUCGCUUGAUAGGCCAUCAACUCACAGGAAAAGAGCCGAUAACGUUCACCGCAACCUCCAGUCUGCUCGGAACAAAUACGAAGGAAACUGGUCAAAGUUUGAUUUAGUGUCAUCAUAUAUGUUGACUGAAAACAGGAAACGGCAGCGCAGCGGUGCUGAUGAGGAGAAUGGCCACCUCCUCGUGCCUCGAGCCAAACGGCAAAGCAGAGCUCACCCUCUCUCCCCUGAGCCGGGCCGGGAUGCCUGGGAGUCUGAGUCAUCCUACAGCGAGACAAGCAGCAGUCCAGACCAUGCGGUGGGCAGCUGUAGCGGUCAAUGCGUCGUCGGGCCCUGCAUUCCCUUCAACUUCGGUGACUCCUCCGAACUGGCCGGCACUACAAACCUGGUGUCCUACCUGCAGAUCAACCGCAUCCUGAGGCAUGCCCACUUCCAGAGCCUGCAGAGCCGAUGUCAGCUCAGAGACGCGUGAUUACCUAAUGUCUCUCGUUGUCGGUCACCAGAGGACCGAGUCCCUGAGCAGGCUAGAGCGCCACAUGCUGAUUCGCUUCAAUCGGCUCUUCCCAACCAUCUCCAGUUUGUGUGAUGUCUCGCAGCUCUACAUAUGUGGAUGGAGACCAGCUCCUGGUCAGGUAUCUGGAGUGGGCUCAUCAUUCGAAUAAAUCAAAAGUGAUCAUUUUGGCAAUAAUAACUGUGAUCAACUCGAGCAUUUUUUGUGAGUCACUUGAUUUCUGACCAGUCCGGUCAACGCGCUGCUCUCGGAGCCUUAUUGUGACCGAUCGAUGAUGAUGAUGAAUCCCUGUGUUUUGUCUUAAAUGUUGUAUGAAAGCAGCGCUCCUGGAGCUGCAGUAGUGGCACCAAACACAAUUGUAGGCCGGUCCGUGUGACUCGUUUAGUCUCGUAGUUGGGUACUUGGCUUGUAUAAUGCUGACUCUGAUGUCUGUGUAAGUACAUUGACCAGUCUCAGGGAGGAUUUGCACUUGUCUUGGACUGCUCAUUUGCUUUCAUAUUCAGGCAGGGAUCCCUUAACCAGGACCUGUAGGAGCCAUGGGGGUUAACUUGGCCAAUGACGUUAUAUCUUAUGUCUUUUUUGUUUUGUUGGUUUAGAGUUUUUAAACUUCAAUUAACAUUAGUGGAGAAUAAAUUAUUUGGGUUUUAGCGUAGUUUGCGAUUUUUAAAGGACAUCAUAACAGUGCAAGAUAGGAAUUUUUUUUACACUUGUGCCAUUGUUUUAGCAUUUUCAUGGAGAAAGAAUGUGGGCCCUUUUAUCCCAUAUUUAACAAUUGGCACACUAUUUGUAUUGUUCCUGACGUGGAUUCAAAUUGUAUAUUAGUUUAUGAUUAAAAUUGUGUGCAGUCUUAGCAGUGCUAGGCACAGGUGGUGAUUUCUGGCAGUUUUAUUUUCUCCUGAUGGAAUAGAUUGAUUAUUUCAUGAUCUCGACAGAGUCCUUUUUGUUUUCUUUUGAUCACUUAAGUUUCUGAUCUUGACAUAACAUAUCUCAUCUUUUCAGGAUUGUUGAAUAAUAACGCUGUAGAUUUCGAGAUGGGCAUAAUCAUCUAUAAUCAAAUAUCACUGCUUAUAUUUGACAUCAGAAAUGUACACCGUAUUAUUAUAAACUGAUGAAUGACAACCAAAGAGAGGGAGCAUGGAUUAUCACUAUGAUUUCCCCAUAUCGGGAGGGAAGUUGCACCUGUGGUUGUCAGCAGUUCUGUAACAACACAUUGACCUUUUAACACAAAGCAAUUUCAGGUAGAGAUUGCCUUUUGUGUAUGGAUUGUAGAUAACAACAUCUGGCAUGCCUUUCUAAUAAUCAUGAGUACACAUUGAUUCAUGUCAACAUUGAUCACGAUAACAAAGCUUACGAUGUCGAAAUCUUGAGAGAAUCAUUUAGAAUAUUUUUAUUAUGAUUAGGUCAGCUCAUUUUAGCAAUUUGUUUUCCUGUAAUCAUUGAAAAAUGUUGUGAUCACAACAUGACCAGCUUUGUUUUCUUGUGACCACAAAGUAAAAACAAAAAGAUUGUUACUCCCAUGAACGACCCUCCAUACUCCGAAGACUUUCUUAAUAUUUUUGAAUUGUAUGGAGGGUGGUUUAAUGUGGCAUUUGAGAGUUGGAAAAUGUAGUUAUUGCUGUCUGGGGGAUGGGGUGGGGGAUACAGUCCAGCCUUUAGGAACAAAAAGACAUUCCCAAGGCUUUGUUUGCAAUAUUACUGGAGCCACUAAAAAGCUGUUUUAAUUGCAAACGAGCCUUUCUGCCUGUGCACUACCAUUUGAUUGUCUGUGUGUGUGUGUGUGUGUGUGUGUGUGUCUGUGCACUGAACAUCCAGGUACAAGAACUGACCAUAAGGCUGUGCCUCUCUCCUUUUUUCUGAAACCAGGAUUGGUUUCAUUGCUGAAGCCUCAUCCCCAGGAGUAAACUCAGCAUUUAUAUUUUGCCGACUGGUUUGUCAGAAACUAAAGCAUUUUGAAGAUGUGGUUUAUUUUUCUUUCCAAUGAUAUAUUUUUUUGUAUUUAGUAUUGUAAAUGACCUUAGCCUUGCCAUUGACUUUUCUUUAUUUCCUUCUUGUAAAUACCCCUUCAUUUGAAAAAAAUAAAUGUUUUUGAACAGACA